AUGGCUCAAUCCUCUGUGUUGUUGUAUGGAGUUGGAGGUCUUGGUGUUGAAAUAGCUAAAAAUAUUGUUUUGUCAGGUAUCAAGUGCCUUACGAUACAAGAUGGAAGCAUUGCUCAAAUUCAAGACCUUGGAACACAGUUCUUCUUACGAGAGGAAGAUGUAGAAACAAAAAGAAACAGAGCUGAAGCCAGUUGUCAAAGAAUUGCGGAACUAAAUCCCUAUGUAACUGUUAAAACUCUUCCCCAAGCGCUCAAUGAUGAUACAGAUCUUGCUUAUUUGACUGAAUUUCAAUGUGUCAUUUUGACAGAGUGUUCAUUGGAUAUUCAACUCAAAGUGAAUGAAUUCUGUCAACAGCAAGAUCCACACAUAAAAUUUAUAUCUGGUGAUGUGUUUGGUGUUUUCUGUGGAACAUUUUGUGACUUUGGUAAGGAAUUUGAUAUUGUUGAUGCCAAUGGAGAAGAACCGAAGGAAGUAUUUAUUUCCAAUAUCACUAAGGCUAAUCCAGGUGUUGUUACCUGUCUGGAGAAUCGGAUGCACCAUCUCCAAACUGGAGACAUUGUGACCUUCAAGGAAAUCAAUGGAAUGACAGCACUCAAUACAACUAUGUGCACUGUAACUGUGAUAUCCCCAUAUACUUUUGAGAUUUGCGAUACAAGUUCUGAGGAAUUUGGUCCAUAUGAACAUGGAGGAAUUGCUGUCCAAGUCAAGGUCCCUAAAAAGGGUUAUCAUGAAUCCCUUGAAAACCAACUGAAAAAUCCAACUUUGCUUACUCCAGACUUUAGCAAGUUUUAUGCUCCUAAAAAUAUUCACUGUGGAAUCCUUGCUUUGCACAGUUUUAAGAAAAAGAAUGGGAGACUUCCACAAAUAAGAUCUAUGGAGGAUGGGCAGAUACUACUGUCUUUGGCAAAGGAGAUCAGCUCUGAAAUGUCUUUUCAAGAAGAAAUUGAUGACAAUUUAAUUUUAAAAUUGUCUUUCACAUGCAAGGGUUGUUUAGCUCCACUAUGUGCUGUGUUAGGUGGUUUCAUGGCACAAGAAGCCUUGAAAGCACUCACUGGUAAAUUCACUCCCCUGGAUCAAUGGUUGUACUUAGAUGUAACAGACAUUUUGCCAGACAGUGGUACUGAAGAUAAUUUUGAUACCAGAAAUGACCGUUAUGAUUUAUUAAGACAAUGUGUUGGUGAAAAGUUAUGUAAAAAACUUGCUCAGAUUCACCUUUUUAUGGUGGGCUGUGGUGCUAUUGGUUGUGAGCUGUUAAAAGAUUUUGCUUUGUUAGGAUUAAGCACUGGAGAGCAAGGAAUGCUUACUGUGACUGAUAAUGAUAUCAUAGAGAAAUCUAACCUGAACCGCCAGUUUCUAUUCCGACCACAACACAUCAGACAUCCAAAAAGUACAACAGCUUCACAAUCUGUGUUGCAAAUAAACCCAGGUAUGAAAAUUGAUGCCCAUCAAAAUAAAGUCUGUCCUGAAACUGAAAACAAAAUCUAUCCAGAUGCCUUCAUUGAGAAUCAAGAUGUGAUAGUCAAUGCACUUGAUAAUAUUGAGGCACGUCGUUACAUGGACAGUCGCUGUGUAUCAAACCAAAGAGCACUACUUGAGUCUGGAACUAUGGGAACCAAAGGACAUGUGCAGACAAUUGUUCCCUACCUCACAGAAUCAUACAGUAAUCAGCGAGAUCCACAAGAUGAAGAAGUUCCUUAUUGCACUCUUAAGUCAUUCCCAGCUAAUAUUGAACAUUGUAUUCAAUGGGCUCGUGACAAAUUUGAAAGUUCUUUUUAUCAAAAACCUAAUAUGGUGAACAAAUUUUGGUCAAUAAAUAAAACCCCAGCUGAAGUUAUUGAGAGAUUGUUGAAUUGUGAACCAGUUGAAAAUGCUGUCUUAGUGUCACAUUAUCUUCACAAUGCUCCACAAAACUGGACUCAAUGUGUUCACCUUGCUAAAAUCAAGUUUAUUAAAUAUUUCAACUACAAGGCUCAACAUUUACUUCAGGCGUUUCCUCUGGAUACCAAAUUGGCUGAUGGAGGAAUGUUUUGGCACUCUCCUAAACGUCCCCCUGUGCCACUAACCUUUGAUUCAACCAAUCCUCUGCAUCUUCUUUUCAUCUGUAGUACAGCACGUCUCUAUGCUGAAACGUUUCACAUUCAAUAUAAAACAGAGGAUUUUUGCCCAGAAAUAUUAUUUCCCAUCCUUGAUUCCUUUCAAGUGCCUGAGUUCAGACCCUCCCACAAGGAAAUUGAAACUGAUGAAUCUGCACAAAAACGGACAGAAGAAAGUCACUCCAGUGAUGAAAUCCACUUGGCAGCUGAAUUUUUACGACAAAGUAAUGAAAAAAAUGAUGUUGUUACUCAACCAUUAACUGUGAUAGAAUUUGAAAAAGAUGAUGAUACUAAUGCUCAUGUAGACUUCAUUACAUCAUCUGCUAAUCUUCGUGCUGCCAUGUAUAGUAUUGAAGCUGCUGAUCGACUGAAAGUGAAGCGUAUUGCAGGUCAUAUUGUUCCUGCCAUUGCUACCACCACAGCUACUGUAUCUGGACUUGUGGCUGUGGAGUUGCUCAAAGUUGUAAGUGGGUUCCCACUGGAUAAGUAUCGUAACUGUUUCCUAAACCUUGCCUUACCCAUGAUCCUCUUGUCAGAACCAGGUCCUGCUGAAACCACAAAAAUCAAUGAUGAAUUAUCAUUCACCGUAUGGGACCGAUGGGAAAUUCAUGGAGAGAAAAGUUUUACACUUCAGCAAUUCCUACAACACUUCAAGGAGAAGAUUGGAUAUAGUGCUUCAAUGGUUGUCCAUGGUGUGAAGAUGAUAUAUGUUCCUAUACUGCCAGGACAUAGCAAACGUCUUCCACAAAGCAUGAUCAAACUGCUCAAGCCAAGGGAAAAUCAAUUAUAUGUGGACUUGGUUGUAUCUCUUGAUACUGGACGAGAGGAAGACAUUCCGGGUCCACCUGUUCGUUAUUUUUUUGGUCUAUGA